AUGGGUGGCAUGGCGGCGUGGGUGGCGGCGACGCUGCUCGUCGUCCUUGGCGUGGCGUCGGUGGCGACGGCGCAGUUGGAGACCUGCAACGGCGACCUCCCGCCCAUGCUCGCCGCCAACUACUCCGGACUGGCCUGCCAGCCGGUCUGGAACAACUUCGUGCUCCGGUACCACCAGGACAAGAACAACGUGCUGCGGAUCGUGCUGUCGACGCUGUACAGCACGGGGUGGGUGGGCAUGGGUUUCUCCAGGGACGGCCUGAUGAUCGGCUCCAGCGCCAUGGUGGGGUGGAUCGGCAAGAAGGGGCUCCCCCACAUCCGGCAGUUCGCGCUGCGCGGCAAGAGCAGCUCCAAGGUGGUCGUGGACCGCGGCUUCCUCGUCUCCAACGACCACGACCACACCGUCGUGGUGCAGCAGGCCAAGAUCUACCUCGCCUUCCAGCUCAGGUUCUCCUACCGCCUCACCCACCAGCACAUCAUCAUGGCCUUCGGCAACAGCAUCCCCGUCAAGAACAAGCUCACCAGGCACCAGGACAAGACCUCCUUCACCUUCGAUUUCACCACCGGCAGAGCUUCGGUGGACGGGUCGUUCCCCUACGGCCUGCGUCGCGCGCACGGCGCGCUGAACGUGUUCGCGUGGGGCGUGCUGAUGCCCAUCGGCGCCAUCCUGGCGCGCUACUUCCGGCGGAUGGACCCGCUGUGGUUCUACCUCCACGUCGGCGUCCAGUUCGUGGGCUUCAUCAUCGGCCUCGCCGGCGUCGUCGCCGGGGUGGCGCUGUACAACAAGAUCCAGGCCGACAUCCCCGCGCACAGGGGGCUCGGCAUCUUCGUCCUCUUCCUCGGCAUCCUGCAGAUCCUGGCCUUCUUCCUGCGGCCCAACGCCGACUCCAAGUACCGCAAGUACUGGAACUGGUACCACCACUGGGCGGGGAGGCUCGCGCUCUUCUUCGCCGCCGUCAACAUCGUGCUCGGCAUCCACGUCGGCGGCGCCGACAACUCGUGGAAGAUCGGCUACGGGUUUAACCUCUCCGUCAUCCUCGUCGCCGUCAUUGCGCUCGAGUUCAUGCUGUGGACCAGGUGGUCAAGAACAGCACCUCCACCCCGACGUACUAGAAACCUGCUGCGUGUUGUCGUGGUGGCGGCGACGCGAUCGAGCCCCUAA